UUGAUGUUUUUUUUUCCUUAUCACCCUCCCAGGAGAUCAAGAAGGAUCAUACUAACUAGAUCGUCAGAGAGUCGGCGAUUAUGAGCGGCGGCAUGCGACGGUUCUUGAACCUGGGGCUGUAUGACGGGCACAGACGCCUGUAUUUGCUUCGGCGCUUGGACCUCCCCAAGAUGGACUUUUUUCACCGGACAGCAGAAGAGGCGGCCGUGCAUGGCAAGGUGCUGCCAACACUGACGCCCGCCAAGGCCCGUGCCACCAACAGGCGAAGGAUCUGCAACACCCAAGAUCUGGCGACGGCGGACGCGGCGGCGCCCAAGAUCGUUCCGCCAAAACCCGAGCUGCUCAUGGGGCCACCGCAACUCUCCCCCUGCCUCGACUCCCAUCGCUUCGUCCAUUUCUUCCCCACCGCCUCCGAGAGCAAGGUCGUCUUGGGCGACCGCGGGAACCGCAUGCUACGCUUCAACGUCGCCAAUAGCUGCAGCUACAUCGAUACCCUGCCAUGCCUCCACGGGGUCAAGAAGAUGCCGAUGGCCAUCUCCGUCCCUCCGACAGACUCACACCUCCCUGACGGGGAUGACACGGGCGACCUCUACAUCAUCGAUGGCCUCCUCCAUCCGGACAAGGCGGAGGUGCGGCCGCAGUUCGAGGCCCUGGUGUGGAGGGGGUUCAAACGGUCGGCCAUAUCUAGCAGGUUCUGGCACUGCGACAUCCUCCCUCUGCCGCCGUGGAUCAGCCACCACGAGCACGCCAUGGUCUUUGGUCACGUCCUCGUCGGCGGCAGCAUCUGCUUCUCCAUUUGUGGCGCCGAGGGUGCCGGCACCUACUGCUUCCACAUCGCGACUCGCGAGUGGAGCAAAGCUGGCAACUGGCUCAUGCCCUUCAAUGGCAAGGCGGAUUACGUCCCUGAGCUUGGACUCUGGUUUGGCGUCUCAAACAACCUCCCCUGCGCUGCCGACCUCUCGGGCAUCGUCGGAGGGGAGGAGCUGUCGCCGGACAAGAUGCGGAUCUGGAACCGUGAUGACCUGCCAGAGGAGUGGCAGCCGAAGAGCUUGCGCCAGCCCAUUGCCGUCAGCCUCGGUUCCGGCAGGUUCAUCGUCGUCGACUUCUUGGAUGCCAUGAAAUUCAACAAGGAAUGGAACGAGAUGGAAUCCGUCAAGGAAUUCGCCCUCUUCACCGGUAUGGAGGUAGCGUACAGCAACGGCGAAAGCAAAGGGACGAUGCGUGGCCUCCGCAUGAUCAAGCACAAAUCCCGCCGUUACAUGUUUAGCAACCAACAGAGGAUCGAGGCGGUGCUCUGAAUGGCAUUCACUCUGGGACUUAAUUUGCUAUCGUGGCUGCUCUCUGUUUCUGCUCCCCGUUUACAGCUAGUACUGACUAACUAUAUAUAGUGUUAAUUUAGCUUAAAUAAUCCAUGUUGUCGUAUGAAACGUACUGUAUAUUGUAAAAGCUGGCGAUGGAAGAAGAUGGAGCGCAAUGCACACCAGCCUUGAGACCGUGAUUAACAGAUCGGAGAGCGUUUCUUUUUUUGGAGUCAAAAUCAAACGUACGCCGAAACCAAACGACCCAAACCCAGCUGAACGAACUAUUGGCCACAAAAAGCAAAAAAAUAGAACGAACUAUUGGCCACAAAUAGCAAAAAAAUAGAAGGAACUAUUGGCCACAAAAAGGAUAUAUGAUUAACUAGUGGCCAAACGGAAAAAAUGAUAUGGACUACAAACCAACAACUUACACAUGCAAAUUAUUUUACCAAGCCACAAAAAAUAGAAGGAACUAUUGGGCACAAAAAGGGAAAAAAAUAGAACGGACUAUUGGCCACGA